AUGCAGCAGCAGCAGCAGCAGCAGCAGCAGCAGCAGCAGCAGCAGCAGCAGCAGCAGCAGCAGCAGCAGCAGCAGCAGCAACAGCCGCAGCAGCAACAGCAACACCAGCAGGAGCAACAGCAGCAGCAGGAGCAGCAGCAGCAGCAGCAGCAGCAGCAGCAGCAGCAGCAGCAGCAGCAGCAGCAGCACAAGCAGCAGCGCAAGCAGGGGCUCGCCACCCGGCCCACCUGGUUGUUGCGCAGCGAGUGGUACAUGCCCUCCAGCUCCCCGCUCAUCACCACCAGGCCCUUGAUGGCCCGCUGCAGCUCCGCCAGGCUGCCGCGCAGCACCGCCGCCAGCUUCUGGAACCGCUCCACCUCCUGA